AUGUUAAAUGUUAAUAUUGAUUUCUAUUAUUGUGAUCCUCAACCAGAAGACGUGGACAUAAAUAAGGUAGACUUUCCAUUAGUGGAAUCAAUAAUGAUAGAUCCAGAAUUUGAAACAGUAAAUAUUUUAUUAACACAGAGUCCAUGUGGAAAACUUCACGCUGACAGAAUAACAGACGUUGAAGCACUCACCGGCUAUAGAGUUUGUCCAUAUUGUAAAGAAGAAGUUUAUUCUAUCCGUGAUGAUCCAGAAAGGAAAAACCAAAGAAGAUUUUUAAAGCAUUGUGAGAAAUGUAAAGAAAAUAAUGGAAGAUUAAUUCAAGACGUUCAAUUGCAAAAGACACAGCAACCAUAUGCACCACAUAUUACGAAACAGAAGAUAUAUCAGUGGUUAUUAGCUCACAAUUUGCAGAAAUAUUAUAAACCGACAAGAUAUUAUAUUACUUUUGACUUCGAAACAUUAGAGACUAAAGAAGAAUUACAACUUUCUGAGUGUGCAACUUUGAACGCUUACUUAAAACCAUUCAUGGUAUCAUCAACGGUUAAAUUAAAUGAUAAAACAUAUAUGAGGAAUUUUUGCUUAACUUCAAGUGAUUCUUUUAUUUCUGAUUGGAUUGAGUUUUUAUUUUCAACCUGUUCAUUAGUUGCUAAAUCAAAUAUUGAACAAUAUGAAGAAUUAUUGAAGUCCCAUACAUUAAAUGAAAAACAGAAGGAAGCAUUUAAAGAACUUCUAGAUGAGGAAUUCAAUAAAGUGAAUAUCAUAGGUUUUAAUUCGGGAAAGUUUGAUUUAAAUUUAAUUCUUCGUGAUUUAAACACUGCAAAAUGGAAAAUAAAAUCAAUGCUGGGUUCAUCUUCACAAUUUAAGCAAAUCAUUGUAAAGAAAACAAACGUUCCAUAUGAAUUGAGAUUUAUUGACAUCAGAAAUUAUAUAGCGGGUGGGACAUUAGACCAAUUCACUCAAGAUUUCGGAAACAAUAAAUCACGU